CUGUCUACACCUAUAACUGCACCUGUAACUGCACCACCCUGCCCUUAUAAACUCAGCGACUUGUAUGAUAUCGAGCUUGAACCUAGUCUCUUGUAGUUUGGCACCGGAUACCUCAUAUACAUCUAUCAGCGCCGACUGAGCGGACAGCAGCGACAAUGGCAGCUCGCACUCUUGAAUCCCGCUUCGAGCGGAUGACGGUGAACGAUGACGGCGAGCACCUGAAGACGAAGGUCACUGCUACUACAACACAGGUGUCGCACAGUUCCAGUCGGCCAAAUCUCUACAAGGUCGCUCUCCAGACGCAGACUGCAAACGCUGCCCUCACUCUCCCCUCGCAAGCUGGCCAAAGGAAAGCCGGACAGCCUUCAUCACCCACUAGAAAACCCCUCCCAACAGCAGCAUCGCGGGCCUCGUCAGAAGAGGUCUCACAAUUAGAACGUAAAGCCGCAACAUUGAUAGAACAGCCAACUAUCAAGAACUUCCACCUGGGCAUGUUCGAAAUUGGCCGGCCGCUGGGCAAGGGCAAGUUCGGACGGGUGUACCUCGCACGUGAGCGCACAAGUGGCUUCAUCUGCGCGCUGAAGGUGCUCCACAAGAGCGAGCUAUCUCAGGGGCGGGUUGAGAAGCAGGUGCGUCGGGAGAUCGAGAUCCAGAGCAACCUGCGGCACCCCAACAUCCUGCAGUUGUUUGGGCACUUCCACGACAGCAAGCGGGUGUUCCUGAUCCUCGAGUUCGCUGCCCAGGGCGAGCUGUACAAGCACCUGCGGCGCGAGAACCGCUUCCCCGAGUGGAAGGCCUCGCAGUACAUUGCGCAGAUGGCUAGUGCCCUGCGCUACCUGCACCGCAAGCACGUCAUCCACCGUGACAUCAAGCCCGAGAACAUCCUCGUCGGCAUCCACGGCGAGAUCAAGAUCUCCGACUUUGGCUGGAGCGUGCACGCGCCCAACAGCCGUCGCGAGACCAUGUGCGGCACCCUCGACUACCUUCCCCCGGAGAUGAUCAAGCCCGGAAGCUCCGACAACUCGUACAACGAGAAGGUCGACCUGUGGAGCCUGGGCGUCCUGACCUACGAAUUCCUCGUUGGCGAGGCUCCCUUCGAAGACACGCCGGUCAUGACGCACAGGAGGAUAGCGAGGGCUGAUAUGACGAUCCCGUCAUUCGUGAGUCCCGAAGCGCGGGAUCUCAUCAAAAGGCUCCUUGUUCUGGACCCUGAGAAGAGGAUACCACUAGAGCAGGUGCAGACGCACCCCUGGAUUCUCAAGCACUGCGCGAAGAAUUCCGCGCAUACUAAAGCGCACUGAUCGAAUUUUUUAUACAUUGAUGCAAGGAAAACAGGGUUUAUAUCAUCGAUGGCGCAGGCGUUUUCAACAUGGGCAUAGCGGAUAUGGGCGGUUCUGGUAAUAAGGAGUAACUUGGUGUUUCGUAACGGCCGUGUCGUUUUUCAAUCAUCGUAUGCAAUUGAACAUUUACAUAUAUAUCAAAUCAUCUAUAAGCAAAAGCGCCUGCUCUUGAUCCUUCCUUAUAAUUUUCAUGCAGAGACGAGAUGUUAGCCUCGAGUGCGUGGUCAUUGUUGGUACAAGCUACGUCCCAGUUCCGCUGGGCGUAGCACUUUAUA